UCCAUCGCGGGGCACAAGUUUGUCCCGGAUGUGAAAGUGCUUUGGGAAGGUUUUGAAGAUAUCGAGUCCUCAUGGGAACCGCUGCAGAAGCUCAUGCAUGAAUGCCCGGCCGUGGUGAAGAACUACGUUGAAGGCGUGAAGACAGCGAGCGACGGCGAUGCGUUGUGA